AUGGGGUUUAUGGUCAAUAUUGUGAUGGCUCCCUGCGGAGAAUUCUGGGGAAGGAAAUGGAAUUUACUAGACAUAGUCACUGCAAUUGUGUUUUUCAGUCUUCAUUGCCUUUGUGUGAUGGCGCCGUUUCAUUUCACCUGGCCUGCCUUUUGGGUGGCCUGUGCUCUCUAUCUUGUGACGGGUUUAGGAGUGACUUUGUCUUUCCAUAGAAAUCUUGCUCACAAGAGCUUUCGUAUUCCGAAAUGGCUCGAGUACUUGUUUGCCUACUUCGGGGUUCUCUCACUUCAGGGAAGUCCAAUAGAAUGGGUGAGCUCACACAGAUAUCACCACCAGUUUACUGAUACUGAGAAAGAUGUUCAUAGCCCUCUUCAAGGUUUUUGGUUUAGUCACAUGGGUUGGAUCCUCGAUAGUGGCUCUCGGUUUGGAAAAUAUGGAGGACUGAAGAACGUUGAAGAUUUGAAAAGGCAACCCUUCUAUAGGUUUCUUCAUCGCACUUUUCUUCUGCAUUCUGUUGUCCUACUUGGAAGUUUACUAUAUGUCGUGGGUGGAUUUCCCUUCCUGGCAUGGGGACUGGGGGUGAGGAUGGUAUGCGUUUUCCAUAGUACUCUGUUAGUAAAUUCAGCUGGUCACAUUUGGGGAAAACAAGUAUAUCUCACUGGUGAUAUGUCAAGGAACAAUUGGUGGUUGGGAUUGUUUGCACUUGGAGAAGGAUGGCACAACAAUCACCAUGCUUUUGAUUUCUCAGCUCGACAAGGUUUUGAAUGGUGGCAGAUUGAUGUUACUUGGUAUGUGAUAAGAUUUUUACAAGCAAUUGGAUUGGCAACAGAUGUGAAAACUCCAACUGAAGCUCAGAAGCGAAGAAAAUCUCUACACAAUAAAGUCAUGGCCGCUGAGAAUUAG